AUGAGCGACUUGCCGGAUGGCGGCGCCCCGCCGGCCGGCGCCGGCCCGGCCCCGGGGCAGCUCCAUGCCAGCGAGAACAUGGUCAUCCAGAUCGCCGGGCUGCCUUUCCAUGUGGGCGCGGCCCACUUCGAGUACCCGGCAUUGGACACGGCGUGCGAUAUGCUGGCCCGGCUGCUGGCCCUGGCCGCCGGGGUGCCGACCUCACGCGAGGCCCUGGUCGAGGGGUGGCUGGCGUCCGAGCCGGCCCUCGGGCUGGCCCUCGACGCGCACGUCUUCCUCGGCAUCAUGGUCGCCGAAAACCCGCACAACCCCCUGCUGACGAGCCGGCUCUUUGUCGAGGGCUACCUGGCCCUGGCCGAGGCUUGGCCCGACCUGCAGGCGGCCCUGGCCCCGCUGGACACCAUGGUCAAUGCCUCCCCGUCGGCCGGGCCCGGCGGCCAUCCGCCCUCCCUGGCGGCGGUGGACCCGGCACAGAUUGCCCUCUGGCUGCCGAGGCUGCUGACGGCCGAGGCCCGUGCCGGCAUGGCCCAGCAUGUGGCGCGCUUCCAUGGCGAGGCGCAAGACCGCCACCGGGUGGCCCUGCUGAUGGCCGAGCGCCACCCGGAGGUGGGGUACGGCCCGGUGUCGCAGGCCCUUCGCCGGGGGCGACACCCCCCGCGGGAGGUCCUCCUCCUGCUUCGGGACGCCGACUUCCGGGGUGCCUUCGACCGGCUGAACUUGGGCCCGGGGCCGGGGGACGCGGGCGCCGGGCCGCCGGCCGAGGCCCUGGCCACCCCCCCGGCGGAUGCCCCGCCGGCCGGGCCCUUCACCUCGACCCCGACCAGCCGGCCGACCAGCCCGGAGGAGGUGGCCAUGAUCCUGGCCCACCCGUCGGGCGAUGGCCGGCUCAACUGGCUGGCCCUGACCCCGGACUCGGCGGCCAAGCUGUACCUGGCGCUGGCCCCGUCGCGCGCGUGGGACGCGCGUCUGGGCCCCAUCUACAGUGUCCCGGGGCUGGAGCACAUCGACGGCCGGUGGCGCCCCCACCGGCACUUCAUCCUGCGCCAUGCGCUCAUCAGCGGCGCGCGGCGGAUGGAAUACACGGCCCGCGUGGCGCCCAUCCUCCAAACCAUCACCCGGGCAAGCAUCAACCCCUUCCUCAGCAUGGAGGCGGCCAUGUCCCUGGCCGGGCAUCUGGCCGUCCUGGUGGAGCCCCAGGACGCGGACAUCUUCAGCGCCACGUUCAUCCUCUUCGCGCCGCUCACCACCACCGAGGCGCAAUUGCUGCACCUGGCCGGGUGGAUCGCCGCCAGUGCCGGCCUGCGCAUGUCGCCGGAGCAAAUUGCCGAGCGCAUUCUCCUCGCCCUGGGCAAUGAGUCGCGGGCCGCCUUCGAGGCGCUGGUCGGCCUGAAUCUGGCCGGGCCGCCGCCGGCGCCGCCGGCGCUGCCAUCGUCGGCCACGGCCACGGCCACGGCCAGCUCCCCCCUGCAGGGGCUUCUCCUGGGCAGCAUGCCGCCCCCCCGGCGGGAUGCCGCGCUGCUGGCCCACUUCCGCGACCUGUACGAGUACUCCCCCUGCAAGGGGGUGUUCGGGGUGCUGGAGGAGGUGAUCCUUGGUCUCGGCCCCGAGCACGACCCGCUACCCAUGCAGAAGCGCUUCCACGAGGGGACCUCGCUCGAGGGCCGAUCGCAGCAGCAGCAGCAGCACCACCACCACCACCACCACCGCCCGGGGUACCAUGCCGCCGGGGGCCACGGCCAUAGCCGGGUCCGCUUCCGGGCAAACGCCCGCCGGCACUCGAGCCCGGUCAGCCCGACGGCCGGCGCGGGGCCGCACGCCGUGCCCAUGGCCGGGGACGACCCCACCGCCGGCGGCCUGGGGCCGAUGUCCAGCGAGGGGUUCGACCCGAUGCCGGAUGGUGGGGGCCCCUUCGCGGCGGCCUCGAGCGAUUGGCCGUCCCCGGACUCGCCGCCCGCCGCCAGCCCGCCGGUGGGCGGGCCCGCCACCACCACGACGCCGGACGGGGACAUGUGCCUGGAGGAGGGGCCUUCGGCCGAUGCCCCGCGGCCCCGGCCCGGGCCCACCCCCGGCGGGCAGAUGCCCCCCUCGUCCAUGCCCGGGGCCGGCCCGGCGCGCGGGGAUCCCAGCCCGCACCCCUCGGGCGGGCGGUUUCUGGUCCGGCGCCGGACCUCCUUCCAUGGGAAUGUGUGGAUGAAGUUCAAUUCCGGGGCCGAUGUGUCGGUCAUCCCGUACUGGAUGGUGGCCCGGUUUGGGCUGCAGCUGGAGCGCCAGCUGACACGCUUCCGCGGCCUGGACGGCCGCAUGUCCAAUGCCACGCAUGUGUGCGCCUUCGCGGUGUACCGGCCAUCCGGGGCCAGCCGCACGGUCCGGGCCCUGGUGCUGGAUGUGGCACACGACCGCACGGUCCGGGCCCUGGUGCUGGAUGUGGCACACGAGUAUAUCAUGCUCGAGGCGGAGGUUUUCGCGGAUUUGGUCCCCGGGCUGGUGGACCUGCUGGCCUCGGCCGAUGAGCCGCCCAAGGAGGGCACGGCCACGCUGGAGCCACGCGGCCAGGACCUCCUGCCGCGCGGGCGCAACGACGCGCUGGACUACGAGUUCGACAUUGCCCCGCGGAUGGAACGCCUGCGGCCGCUGACCGGGGCCCACAUGCGGGACCCCUCGUGGGAGCCGCUGCUGGAGGCCUUCCGCCAGCGGCCGGCGUAUCCGGUCUUCCGCCACACGACGCCCUUUGUCAUCCCGCCGCUGCUGGAGGCCUUCCGCCAGCGGCCGGCGUAUCCGGUCUUCCGCCACACGACGCCCUUUGUCAUCCCGGUGGACUCGGCCAAGGAGCGCGACCUGCCGGAGCACAUCCCGGUGCCGGUGAUGCACUGGCCCAAGGUGGAGGCCUGGCUGCAGGAGGUCCUGGCAGCCGGGGUCAUCGAGCCGACCGUGGCCGACCCCCAUGCGGCCUCGCUGAUCAUGGUGAGCACGGCCCGUGGCCAGGUCCAGCCAUGCAUGGACCUUCGUGCUUUGAAUGCCGUGGUGCCGAGCCCGAAUCGCAUGUCGCUGGCCGUGGGCCAUACGCCGCUGCAGCGGGCGGCCAGCGGCCGGAUCUUCACCACCCUGCGGCUGGCCCAUGGGGUCCACCAUGUGCCGGUGGAUGAGGCAUCGCGGCAGUUGCUGGUCUUCCAAUUCCAGGGCCGGUACUAUCGGUACCGGCGCCUGCCGGCCGGCUUGACGCACUCGGCCUUCGUGCUGGCCACCGAGCUGGGCAAGAUCCUCCAGCCUUGCGAGGGGUUCUGCUCCUUCUUCAUGGAGGACAUCGUGGUGUUUUCCGCCUCGGAGGCCGACCAUGUCCAGCAUGUGCACCAGGUCCUGUCCCGGCUGAAUGCCCACCAUGCGGAGCUGGCCCUCGGCCAGUGCCACUUCGGCCUGGCCCAGGUGGAGUACCUGGGCUUCGUCAUGGGGCAGGGCAAGAUCGACCUGACCGAGCAGCGGGUGCAGCAGGCCCGGGCAUUGGUCUUCCCCGGGUGCCUGGCGGAGCUCCGGCGCUUCCUCGGCCAUGCCUCCUUCCUGGUGGCCUGGCUGCCGGAGUAUGCGCGCCUGGCCCAGCCGCUGUACCAGCUGCUCCGGGGGAAUUCCACCGGCAAGCUCCGGGCCACGGCCCAAGCCACGCAGGCCUUCCGCGCGGUGAGGGACCUGAUUGCCGACGCGUGUGCCAUCCACGCGCCGGCCAUCGACCAGCCGUACUACAUCUAUUCCGAUGCGUCGGGCGAUUGUGUCGGGGCCGUGCUGCUGCAGUAUCGCCCGGUGCCGGGGACCGACCGGCUGGAGCGCUUCCCGAUCGAAUUCUUUUCCAAGGCCCUGCCGCCGGCGCACCGGGCCUACCCGGUGCACGAGAAGGAAAUGCUCGGCAUCAUCAUGGCCCUGGAGCACUGGGCGCCGCAUGUGCAAAAUGGCCUGCCCAUCACCAUCUUCACCGAUAACAUGGCCAUCUCCACCUGGCGCCGGGAGCAGUACAUUUGCCUGCGCAAGGCCCGGUGGAUUGCCCGGCUGGAGGAGUUCCCCCUGGCCAAGAUUGUCUUCGUCCCGGGCCAGGACAACCCGGCGGCCGACUAUCUGUCGCGCAUUCCCCGGUGGAUUUGCUUCACCCGGCAGGUGGACGGGUCGCUGGCGGCCACGCUGGAUGAGACAACUCGUGGCCGGCGCACCGGCGGCCAGAUCGUCGGUGUGCCGCUGGGGGACCACCAUUUCGCCGGGCCCGGGGAUGCUGGUGCCGGGGAGACGGUCCUCCCGGCCACCGGGCUCGGCAUGCCGGCCACCGUGCACUCGAACUUGACACCGGACGACCGGCUGUACAUCCCGGGGCUCGGCAGUGCCGAGGUGUGUGCCUCGCCGCACGGGCCCCCCCUCGGCACGACCCACAUGGAUGUCGACCCGAGCUCCGAGGCCGCGCCCUGCCCCGGCCCGCGUGGCGGUGUCAAUCACGGGCAGCAGUCGCAGCCGCAGUCGCAGUCGCAGCCGCAGUCGCCGUCGCCGCCGCAGUCGCAGUCGGAGCCGCAGUCGCAGUCGCAGGCGGCGUCGCAGUCGCAGCCGCAGUCGCAGUCGCAGCCGCAGUCGCAGUCGCAGCCGCAGCCGCAACAACAACAACAACAACAACAACAGCAGCAGCAGCAGCAGCAGCAGCAGCAGCAGCAGCAGCAGCAGCAGCAGCAGCAGCAGCAGCAGCAGCCGCAACAGCGGCCUGGCGGCGUCCCCCGGGUUUUCGCCUCGCCGGUCUCCCAAAAGCCCCCGCCUCCGGGAUCAUCCCGCUCAAAGAGCCCGCCGCUUGAUGCCAAGAGCCCCGCCAGCCCGCCGAGCGGCAAACUGGAUCUAAACACUCUCAUCCGCCAGGCGCAGAGGGACAUCCCGGAUGCACAGCGCUCCCGCGGCCACAUGGUCGAUGGGUUCCUGCUGGAGGACGACCGACUUGUCAUUCCGCCAGCCUGGACCGAGAGGCUGGUGCGCUUCCUGCACCACGAUGCUCACAUGGACCAUCCCAGCAUCGCGGUCAUGCUACGCAUCAUGCGCGGGUUCUUCAUCGUGGGGGGCUUUAAGCCGAUCGUGCGCCAAGUCACCAGCGAGUGUGGCCAUUGUGCCGCGCGCCAGGCCUCGCCCGGGGCCCGACAGGGCCCCACCCGGACGCCGGACAAUCCGAUGCAUGCCCUGGCCAUCGGGCUGCAUCGGCUGUCCCGUGUGCCCGAGCCCUCGGGCCACGGGCAGAACCACCUGAUCGUGUUCGACAUCCUCUCGUUGUUCAUCAUCGCCGUGCCGGUGCCGGACGCUCCCACCCUCGGUGACAUCCGCAAGGCCCUCAUGAGCCAUGUGUUCCACCGUUUCAAGCCGGCAUCCAUCAAGACCGCCGGCCAGGAGGUCUUCUCGUCCGGGCGCUUCACCGCCUUCCUGGCCGGGCGCAAUGUGGUCCAUGAGCUGGUCCCCGCGCAGCAGACCGGCUCAAACAUCAUCGUCACUCGGGCGGUUCCCAUCAUCCGCGAUUGCAUCAACCACCCGACCAUCAACCGGCUGAACUUGGCCGACAAGGACCUGGUGCAGGAGGCCAUUGGCUUCCACAACUCCCAGGUCGGGCGUCUUGGCUUCUCUCCCAAGGCCAUUGUCUUCGGGGUGUGA